AUGCGGCUACUUCAUUCGUUCUUAUUCCUGCUUGGUUUUUUUAGUAGCGUGUCAGCCCAAAAUAGCUGCAAGUCUACACCUCAAGAUUUUAACUGGCCCGCUUCUUCAGAGUGGAAGGCCCUCAACCAAUCGAUAAACGGAGGCUUGAUUAGGACUUCCCCUGCCGCCUCAUCGUGCUACGCUGGAAACCCUUUCAACGCUCACACAAAUUGUUCCGAUGUGACCCAGCAUUGGUCCUAUGCUGCUCACCAUGCGGAAUGGCCAGAGAGUGUGGACUACUCGGUCUGGACUAACAAUUCCUGUUUGCCCCCUGGAGUUUCUGGCUAUAUGAAAGGAAGGGGAUGCAGUAUUGGCGCCCUCCCGCAGUAUAUUGUGAAUGCGACCACCGAGCCUCAAGUGGCCACGGCAAUGAAAUGGGCUACGGACAGAAACAUUCGAAUUGUGAUCAAGGGAACUGGACAUGACCUGAGUGGCAGAUCUACGGGUGCUUUUUCACUUUCGAUCUGGACUCACAAUUUCGACCAUUUCGAGUAUCGACCUGCAUGGAAAUUACCCGAUGGCAGUGGGACCGACAGCGUGGCAAUUUGCGGCAGUGGCAAUAAUUGGGGAACUGUUUACAACCACAUGCACCAAUUCAAUCGGACUGUUGUUGGUGGCGAGGACGCAACAGUCGGGCUUGGGGGUCUGAUUCAAAAUGGUGGCCAUGGUCUUCUCUCGAGCCAUUACGGUCUUGCUUCAGAUCAGGUUUACCAAGUUACCGUGAUCACCGUCGAUGGAAAACGUCUUGUAGCCAACAGUGUCCAGAAUUCGGAUAUUUUCUGGGCGAUUUGUGGCGCUGGUGGAGGCCAAUUUGGUGUUGUCACCGAAUUUGUCUUGAAAACAUACCCUGCCCCGAGGAAUGUGGUGACUGGGGGCUUGUCCUUUUAUCCUGGCGGGGACUCCAAUACAACAGAUGGAUCUUGGAAAGCGUUUGCCGAAGCUGUAAGCCUGAUCCCUGAUGUGAUGGACUCUGGGUACCUGGGAACCGUGAUUGCCGGCACUGGGAGUUCUGCUUCAAUUGUUACCGGGGGUACGCUCGAGGCUGGCGUUGCAGUAUCAAUCAACCUUGUCGCAUAUAACACAACUACUGGAGUGAUGAACGCCACGGUCAGUCGACUGAAGUCUGUGAUUGCGAACACGUCACAAAGUGAGGGUCUUCAAUUUAUCACCACAGACCCAUCCACAUCUGGCUACUGGUCAUACAUCAAACCCAAUUUCUUGGCCAGCAGUUCCUGCGGAGUGAGCAGUUUGACUACCAGCCGACUGCUGGGACGAAAAGAGCUCUCGGACCUCCCGAAAACAGACUUAAUGGACUAUCUACAGCAGACAUCAGUGUCAGAAUCCACAGGCUCAAUGCUCCUAUUCGGUCUGCAAGCUGGCCGUGGGCCCGCUAGUACCCCAGAAAACAUGCGUGGGAGUGUGUUGCCAGCUUGGCGCAGUGCAUACGUGCACCUCAUGUCUUAUGGAGCAUCGUUCAAUAUAACAGAAGACCCGGGGAGAGCACUUGCAGAGCAGGUGAAUUGGGUUGAAAACAACAAGGAGCCUGUUUGGAGAAACUGGGCGCCUGAGAGUGGCAGUUACAUGAACGAGGGGAAUGUUUUCAGUAGCACCUGGAAGCAAGACUUUUAUGGCGCCAACUAUGAACGCCUUCUAGAUAUCAAACACAAGUUCGACCCCACUGGUAGUCUCUUUGUUUGGGGUGGUGUGGGCAGCGAUAUGUGGAAUUAUGAUCUGAACAGCGGUCUGCUUUGUCACGUUUGA